AUGGCCGGCCGAAUGAGGUUUUGUUUCCCUCCCAUACGAAUCCAGACGCCCACUCCAAUCUCCCACCUUUUCGUCUUCAAUCUGCAAUCGCCAUACAAACGCGGUCCUGACUACCGCUACUCCGCCCUCGUCGCAUCUCUCCGGCGGUCGAUUUCUUCUCUGCUAUUGACUGCUCGAUUUCUUCUCUACUGCUCGAUUUCAUCUCCAAGGUGUUUCUUGGUGCUCUUUAUACACUUAGCCCUUUUGACUUCCUCCCAAGAUAUUAUUGUUGUUGCUGUUUUUGUUAUUUUGUGAUAUUGCUGCACUUUCUGGCUAGCAACUCUUUAUGUUGAAUAAGGUAACAUUUGAUUCCCUCUCAUUUUGCUUUAGUUAUUACCAAUCAUUGCUUGAGGAACAUGUUUUGCAGCCAUUGUUACAAGGAGGCUACACUUUGUAUUUGUUUUACCAUCUUUGUGUAAAGUUGAGUAAUUUUUUUUUUGAAGUAAAUUAAGUACAAGGAAUAUAUCCUACAAAGUAGGAUAAGACAACUGAAAUGC